AGCGUGCAACGUAUCAGUGGGAGGGCGUGUGGCGCGUUUUAGGAGGCUGUGUUGCGGUUUUGUGUAUGUUGUUCUCCCUCACUGUUGUUGCCGAGGAUGAUGGCGGAGGCAGUCACGGCACAUCCACACUCAUUCACCUGCAAUUUCCAGAUAACCAGUAGUGCUCUGGCAUCUGGCCAGGUGGAGAGUCGUGGUCCGCACUCGUAUGCUUCCCUCAACGCCUCCCAAACCACCACAGGAAUGGACAACAGUCAACCGGUCAACAUCACAGACCCUGGUACACGCCGGAAGAAGAAGAGAAGAACUCGGGCCGCAGACAGUUUCACGGGCAAAUUUAGUGAUCUGUACAGGCUGACCGAUGAGCUGCUUGGUCAGGGGGCUUAUGCUAAAGUCCAAGGAUGUGUGAGUUUACAGAAUGGCAAUGAGUAUGCUGUGAAGAUAAUUGAGAAGAAUGCAGGUCAUAGUCGCAGUCGAGUUUUCAGAGAAGUGGAGACUCUAUACCAGUGCCAAGGAAAUAAGAACAUUCUAGAACUUAUUCAGUUUUUUGAAGAUGACAGCGGUUUUUAUCUGGUUUUUGAGAAGUUACGAGGAGGUUCCAUUUUAACGCACAUCCAGAGUCGAAAAUACUUCGAUGAGAGAGAAGCUAGUUAUGUAGUCAGAGAUAUAGCACACGCCCUUGACUUUCUACACAACAAAGGAAUUGCUCACAGAGACCUCAAGCCUGAAAAUAUCCUGUGUGAAUAUACAGAUAAGGUGUCUCCUGUAAAGAUCUGUGAUUUUGAUCUUGGCAGCGGAGUAAAGCUGAACAGUGCCUGCACCCCAAUAACCACCCCUGAGCUCACCACGCCGUGUGGUUCGGCAGAAUACAUGGCACCCGAGGUCGUUGAAGUUUUUACGGAUGAGGCUUCGUUCUAUGAUAAGCGGUGUGAUCUGUGGAGCCUUGGGGUUAUUCUCUACAUUCUGCUUAGCGGGAGUCCUCCCUUCACGGGCCACUGCGGCACCAACUGCGGCUGGGAACGAGGAGAGACCUGUCGUGCCUGUCAGAAUAACCUGUUUGAGAGAAUUCAGGAGGGAAAGUACGAAUGCAGGGAUGGAGUUUGGGCUCAGAUUUCGGACGAUGCCAAAGAUCUGAUCUCACGUCUGCUGGUGCGAGACGCCACUCUACGACUGAGUGCCGCUCAGGUCCUGAAGCACCCUUGGGUACAGGGGAAUGCACCUGAAAGAUUUCUUCCAACUCCUCGUGUUCUCCAAAGAAACUGCAGCACUAAAGACCUCACGCAAUUCGCGGCCGAAGCCAUCGCAUUUAACCGGCAACUGUCUCAGCAAGAAGAAGAAGAGCAAGAGGAUUUUGGGGCCGUUGUCUGCUCUAUGAGACUUUCACCCCCCUCCAACUCUAGAUUAGCACGUCGCCGAGCACAAUCUCAGGCACUACGCACCAAUACCUGACACCAUUGCACAGGUGGUCAAAUGAUGCACGUACACACCUAAUAUUAUAUGCUGCAUACACGCAUUUAUGUUCUCUGCUAAGCAGCAUAGCCUCUGUCUAUCCGUAAAGCACACUAACCCACACACAACACUUAAAGUGCUGAAUGCCAACUAACUUUAAGUAUGCACACAACAAAACAAGUGCUGUCUUGCAAAGAAUUUGCUUCAGGGUAAUGUAGCUCUUAGUGUAAUGCUUUUUAUAUGAUUUAAGCAUGUAAAACUGUGAUUUAUUUUUUUAUUUUGGUAUAUUUAAAUAUUUAUUAGAAAAUUCUUAUGGCUGGAAGUGUUUCUCAGCUACAUAUGGUGUAAAAAGGUGCUUGGAUCUGAGGGAAUUAUAGAUUUUAAGUUUAACCGUAUCAGUGAUUGUUUUAACUUUCCGUUUUUAAGUAUUUUAAAGCCACUUAAAUUAAGAUAUAUUACUGUAAAGCACUGGACCACUUGUUUUUUAUCUUGUCAUUCUUAUUGAUGAGUGAGAAACAUUUCGAGUAUUGUGAAAAGCUGUGCUCCCUUAUAGCAACAUAGUUUAGAGUUUGAUUCAUGUCUAGAUCUGUAUGAAUUAUUUUUAACCUGUUAUGUGUCAAUGCUGUUGAGAGAUAUGUAGCUUUAUUUAAUGUCCUGAUUAGGUAUUAUAGCAAUUCAGGUAUUUGACCAGUUACUGUCAAUAUUACAAAUGAAUUAUUUUUAGAUUAUAUUUUUCAUGUGCUUCUCUUACAGAGUUAUGUUUUAUUUUCUUUAGUGUUCAAAAUGAUUUUGCUAUAAAUGUGCAGUAUUUUUGUAGGAAAUUGACAAGCAAGUAAUUUUUUUGCAUUCCGUGGAAAUUGUGCCAUAUUUUGGGGCAAAGUCUCCGAUUUGCAUUUUAACGCAAAAGUAGCCUAACUUUGCAGUUAAUUUCCUUAUAAUUAAUUAACUAAGUAAUUAUCUUAUCCACUGCUCAAAAUGCUACUUGGUUAGCAUUUUGCUUAUGCUUUUGGCUGUCAAUAUUAUGUAUGCACAUUUAUGAGGAUGUUCUGGGAAAUGUUUUAUAUAGCAGGGGGUGACAUGAUGUACUACCUCAUAUUAAUGUCCUUUGUAUUCUGUGCUUGUAUGAUAGUGAUUUUACAUCAAUUAAAUGAAUAUCGGUCUAA